CGCUGUGCAGAACGCGGCUGCGUGCGCCCGCCCGGGCGGCCCGACCUUUCCGGCCCAGCUUGGGUCAAAGGAAGCCAAAAGCGGCUUCAGGGAGGAGAAGCGCCCGGGGCUGCAGAGGACCGGAUCAGAACAUUGCAGAGUCCGGGAUGCGCGGGGCGAGGUCGCUGAGGACUUGAGUCACCUUCUCCCCCGUUUCCCUUCCAUCCCCCUUCGACCCCUCCUUCCCCGUCUCGGGAGAUCCGGGCCUCCAGCUGUCACCCCCGAUUUCGUGACCGAGCGCAGCGACCCCGAUUUCUGUUUGCAUGCACAGCGGCCGCCCGAGAGCCAGACCCCAAAGCGGGAUAUCUCUCGACUCGGCCGCUAGCCCGGGCCUCAAAGUCUUGAGUGCGGGCCGCUGAGCUCAGGCCCGAGCGAGGCAGCGCGCGCCAUGGCCGACCGGCAGGCGGGCGCGGCGACCGGAGACUGGGAGAUCGACGUGGAGAGCCUGGAGCUGGAGGGGGACGUCUGCGCGGCGCCGCCGCCCACGCCGCCCGGGCCCAGCCCGCCGCAGGCCGACGGGGAGGGCGAGGACGACGAGGACGACGACGAGGAGGACGAGGACGCGGAGGAAGAGGGCGACGGCGAGGAGGCGGGCGCGUCCCCGGGGGUGCCGGGCGGGCCGGAGCAGCGGCGGGGAACGCUGCGGAGGCCGCCGCCUGCGCCUCAGUCUUCGGCGGCGGCCGCAGGGCCCCCGGAGCGCGGCGGCGGCGGCGCGGAGCCCCGCAAGCUGAGCCGCACGCCCAAGUGCGCGCGCUGCCGCAACCACGGCGUGGUGUCCUGCCUCAAGGGCCACAAGCGCUUCUGCCGCUGGCGCGACUGCCAGUGCGCCAACUGCCUGCUGGUGGUGGAGCGGCAGCGCGUCAUGGCCGCCCAGGUGGCGCUCCGGAGGCAGCAGGCCACCGAGGACAAGAAAGGGCUCUCCGGGAAACAGAAUCAUUUCGAGCGCAAAGCCGUGUACCAGAGGCAAGUAAGGGCGCCCAGUUUGCUGGCCAAAAGCAUUUUAGAAGGCUAUCGCCCCAUUCCAACAGAGACUUAUGUAGGAGGGACCUUACCUCUGCCUCCCCCAGUUAGUGACAGGAUGAGGAAAAGAAGGGCCUUUGCUGAUAAAGAGUUGGAGAACAUUAUGCUGGAGAGAGAAUAUAAAGAGAGGGAAAUGUUGGAAACUUCCCAAGCUGCCUUGUUCCUGCCCAACCACCUGGUUCAUGGACCUGAAUACAACUCCUACAAAAGUGCCUACAGCCCCACCCCAGUAGAAGCACCAAGCAAAGACUUCUGCAAUUUUUUGCCCACCUGCCUUGAUCUAACCAUGCAGUAUUCAGGGUCUGGGAAUAUGGAACUGAUUUCUUCCAAUGUUAGUGUGGCCACAACUUACAGACAGUAUCCCUUGUCCUCGAGACUUUUAGUUUGGCCCAAGUGUGGCCCCAUUAGUGACACUCUCCUCUACCAGCAAUGCCUGCUAAAUGCCACCACUUCAGUUCAAGCCCUGAAACCUGGGGCCAGCUGGGACUUGAAGGGAACACGAGUCCAGGACGGACUCAGUGCGGAACAUGACAUGAUGUCUCCGAAAUUGGAAGGCUCCCUGGUGCUGCCUCACACUCCUGAGGUCCAGACCUCCAGAAGUGACCUUCAGGGUCACCAGGCUGUCCCCGAGAGGUCUGCAUUCUCCCCACCCCGACGGAAUUUCUCUCCGAUUGUUGACACGGACUCCUUGGCAGCUCAAGGGCACGUCUUAACCAAGAUCAGCAAAGAAAACAUGAGGCACCCUCUGCCACUUAGACAUAAUCCAUUCCAUGCAUUAUUCCAGCAAACACUUAAUGACAAAUCAGGUCCUGAGUUGAAAACACCAUUUGUCAAAGAGACCUUUGAAGAAACCUCUAAGAAACACAGAGAGUGUUUAGUCAAGGAGAACCAGAAGUACACUUUUACAAUAGAUAGAUGCGCGAAAGACCUUUUCGUAGCCAAACAAGUUGGAACAAAACUGUCGGUGAAUGAACCGCUGUCAUUUUCUGUUGAGUCUAUUCUUAAGAGGCCUUCUUCUGCCAUCACUCACGUUUCUCAGUGAAAGCUGCUUAAAUGGAAAGCUGGACUUUCUGCAGUCUCAGAGGGUUCUUGCCAUUUGCUGAUAUUAUGUUAAAGUUAAGUUGUUUGUGUACAGAAUUUUCUAAUGUAAAUGAUGAUUUCUAAAAAUUCUACAUAUUCAUAUGCAUGUACUUCUCUU